AUGGAGGACGAGGUGACGUUCCUGUUCCAGCUGGGUGUCCUCCGCGACGCCGUGUCUGCGCCCGCGCACCGCCUCACACUCGCGCACCUCAAGGAACUUGCCGUUAAAUUCGUCUACGAAAAGAUCCCAGACAAUGGCCUCAACCGGCUGUCAGACCGCAUCCUGCUGUUCCGGCACGACUACUGCUCGCCGAACGUGCUGCAGCUCAUCAACUCCGCCACAGACGUCACCGACGAGACACUUGUGGAGAUUGUCCUUACUGCCAACCCACUACUGUGUGAUGGCGUGGAGCCGCCGCCCGCCCCGCGGCCGCACGCGCUCGUCGUGCACUCGUACAAGGCGCCCACCUUCUGCGACUUUUGCGGGGAGAUGCUCUUCGGAUUGGUGCGACAAGGACUCAAGUGUGAAGGUUGCGGGCUCAACUAUCACAAGCGUUGCGCGGUGAAAGUGCCGUCCAACUGCGAGUCCCCGGCGGGCGCGGGGGCCCCGGCCGGCGCGGGCGGUGCGGGGGCCCCGGCCGCGGGCGCCCCGCCGCGCCGCCAGAGCGCCGCGCCGCGCAGCCCCUCGCGCUCCUCGCACUCACACGACGAGGACUCGCUGGUAAGGCGCCUGGCCCAACUCGUGUCCGGCAACCGAGACAACAAC